GCCAAUGCGGCCGGUGGCCUUGCUUCAGGAGCAGGGCGGCGGCAGGGAUGAGGGGGGUUGCUCCGUGGUCCUUCGUGCUCUUGGCGGGGUUUCUCCCCGCGUUUUCAGGGCUGAGGCUUCUCCUCAACCCCCCGCCGGUUUUUCACUGUUCCCAGCCGGGUUUACGCUGCCUUGUGCAAAGCAGUACCUGCCUGGAUAAGAGCUGGCACUUUCCUUCAGCAUGGACUCCUUCAGCCCCAAGUUCUGUUAAAGUGUUUACUGAUACCUUCUUUGGUGAGAAUGGAAAAUUGGUCCCUGUGCUGAAGAUAGAGUGGAAAGUGGCUACUGAUGCAAGCAUUACAUAUCUCAGAGGAGUGGAAUUGUCUGUACUACAAGCAAGCAGUAACCGGCAGAUUUGCGCUCAAUUUGAGUUUCAGAAUAACUUGUCAUUCCAAGUCCGUCCAGACGGUGGGGGCCGGUGGAAUUUCUCUUUCAACCGCUUUGAGGUACAACCAGGCCUAAUGUACCAAGUAACUGUCUAUCAUUUGCCCAAAUUAAGUACUGCAGGGGACUAUAACAGGAAAUUAGUGUCAGUCACAGUACCAGAUUGCACAGAUCCUACCAUGAAAAAAACAGAACCAUGUGUGGAAAUAGGGAGUUUGUGGGAACCCAGAAUUAAUGGAACAAGCCUAGGAGAUCAUUCUGUGUUGGUGAGCUUUGACCCAGCAGUGAUGCCAGCCAGCUAUGUUAUCCAUGUAAUCAGUUUUCAGAAGGAUGAAAAGGAGUGUAAGACGGCCACAGAAAGAAUCUCAGAGAAGGGUCUGCUGCAGCGCCUGAAUGUCACAGUCAAGCUGGAAAAGAACUUGAAGAGUUGUUGCAAAUACAAAGUGCAGAUCCAACCGCUGUUUCCUGGCUGUGCCACAGACUGUAUAAGGCACUCGUUUUCAAUCCCAUGUCCUCCUGCUGAUACCUUAAAUGUUAUUAAUCGUUCCGGAAAAAAUGAUACAUUUUCAGUGGGGAGCCACACUUGGAGCCACAUUAUCAUCUGUAUUUUGUUAGUUGGUUCAGCUGUUGCUUCGGCAAUCUGUCUUACUCGAAGACAAAAAGAAUUAAAUUCUGGGGCAAAAAAUUGUGAUGCUGAACACCAUGAUGUCAUCCCUAUGUUACCAUCUCCACCACCCCUGAAGCCACGUACAGUUUGGAUUGUGUAUUCUGCUGAUCACAAGCUCUAUGUAGACAUUGUAUUGAAAUUUGCUCAAUUCAUGAUCCAAGUGUGUGGUACAGAGGUUAUCCUAGACCUGCUGGAUGAGCAUCAGAUAUCUGAGAUGGGGGCAGUAUGCUGGCUUACUCGGCAGAAACAGAAAAUGGAAGCACUCUCUUCAAAGAUCAUCAUCUUAUGUUCCCGGGGUACUCGAGCCAAGUGGCAGGCUAUGCUUGGGCGUGAGGAAGCAGCUGUACAUCUUAAGCAAGAUAGCCUGCUGCCAACAGGAGACAUGUUCACUCCAGCACUGAAUCUGGUUUUACCAGACUUCAAGCAGCCAGCUUGCUUUGGACUGUAUUUAAUCUGCUAUUUUGAGGGCAUAAGCAAUGAGAGUGACAUUCCAGACCCAUUCCAUGUCACUUCCAAAUAUCAGCUGAUGGACAAGUUUGAGGAAAUUUACUUCCUAAUCCAGGAUCUUGAAAAAUUUGAGCCAGGGCGAAUGCAUCAGAUUCCAGCAAUCUCACCUGAAAAGUAUACUGAAAGCCCCUGUGGCAAACAGCUGAAGGAGGCAUUGCAGAAAUUCCAGAAAUGGCAGGCUGAGCAUCCAGAUUGGUUUAAAAAUGAAUGUGCUUGCUGUGAGGAUGAAGAUGAUCUGCAGUCUGUGAGUGGGGAACUCACUGAAGAAUUAAUAUUCCCCAGGGAAGGAAUUCUCAAAAAACAACUGCUUCCAAAGGAACCUGACCCCAAUAGCUGUUGCUUAGUCAAUCUCCUGGUUAAUGAAGAUGACUUGGGAGCAUAUAAAUUGAAACCUCAGCUUCUACCACAAGAAGAUCUAGCAUUCCAGACUGUGGUCAUUCCUGCUGAGACACCUUCUGUUCAGGUGGUCAAGCCAGCUGCCCUUCCAGAAGAAAAAGAGAUACUCAGUCAUAAACUGUUGACCAAUGAAGAUUGGCUAGAAAGAGUGCCCAUGAUAGAAGCUAGCAUCCCAAGAAGAAAUAAUGUCCUCCUUCAAGAGGAUUUAUCCUCAGAUCCCCAGGCCCUGCCAGCUGAUAUGAGGCAACAACUGGAGGGAUUGAUGUAUUCCCUCUAUCAACAAAGUAUCAUCCCCUCUGGUAUGCCCCUUUGCCAAGAAAGUGUUAAUGAGCAGCAACAGCUGGUGUUUGAUGAGUCUUGCAAAGUUCAGAGACAGUCAGUACAAUCAGAUCAGGGUUAUAUCUCCAGAUGUUCUUCUUUGCCUUCUGAUAGCCCUGUUGAACAGGAGGAGGAAGAGAGCCAAGAACAGGAAGGAUAUUGGUCUGGUGGGUAUCUCACUGCAGAUGUCUUAAGUAGUCUAAAAAGUCUUCAGCAGCAGUUGCUUUUCCAAGAUAUUCAGAAAAACUGUAGCUAAGGUCACUUGGGAGAGGGAAGGGAGAAUUUGCUCUAUGUUUAUGAAACAACUAAUGACUGUUGGUUGGGUUGUGCAGCGUCCAACCUCAACUAAAUAGAAGUCUGCUGAUUAAUUGAUGAUAUAAACUGCCUCUUAAGAGCAUUAGGGAUAGCCACAGAAGAUCAGGAUAAUUCUCCAAAUAUUCCAGAAGACUCCUCUGAAAGUAACAAGCUGUCUAUAUAACAGGCAUUAGAAGUGCCAGGACACAGAAUGAUGACAUUUUUUUUAUCAUGAACAGCUGAUUGCAGUGAGCAGGAUACAGAAGUCUUAAGAGUAGAAGAAACAUUCUAGGUGAGAUGGAAAAAUCUCUCUAUUCCAGUAUCCUUUUCUCCGUAGUGCCCAGUAGCAGAUUGUGAACUUAGUAGUUCUGUAUAGCUACAAAGGCUAAUCAGCAGGAACUUGUCCUGUCUCCUGUUACAGGUAUCCACUUUCGUAACUAUAGUCACAGUUCAUAGCAAUGAAUUCUGUCAGCCAGUUGUGGCUAUACAAAGAAGUACAUUCUAUCGUCUGUCCUGGAUCUUCUGCCAUUUAAUUCCUUAGUAUUAUCUGCAUUUAUCUUACUACUAGCAAGGAAGAAAACCUUCUCUAUUUGCCUUAUGACUUACACCCAUCUCUCUGAUGUACCUCCUUUUGUCACUGUUUGUUUUCUGAACUAUAAUGUCCAAAACACUUUAUCACAGCUGCUACUUUGAUCAUUUGGAUAGCUUUUUUCUGGCGUUUCCUAUGCUAAGAUGUUCGUAUUAAGCUAACAUGACGGUGUUCCAGUCUAUUCAACCAUAGACUGAUAUUUGCUGCUUGAUUUUCAGUUCUUUUCAUAAGAUAGCUAAUUGUUUCCCUUGUAUGAACUAUCCCUGUUUCAUAGGCAGGGCAUGCCAGUGGCACUUGCACGUUGAUCAGCUUCAAAAUCUUUUCUCAGUGGUUUCCACCAGUUCAGACACCAUUAAUGUAUUGCAGAACUAGAACAUCUUGUCUCAAUAUAGUUGCCUUUUCACUUGCUUACUUUGAAGUACAUUUGUCAUUUUGUUUUCCAACUCAGAGAUUUUGUAAGGCAGUUCUCUCUAAGCAUUUUUAAAGGGAAAUUUAAUAAGGUAAAAUACUUUAUUGAUCUGAAGUCCUGCAUUAAGUAAUCGGCUCACUUAUCUACAAAUGCAACAGUAGUCCAUUUUUUCACAUGAAAGAACCCCAGCAGGGUUGCCUGGCUUUAGAGUUUAUUUAUUUAUUACAAUUGCUUUAGGAAUUUUGAUUGUUUGACAGUCUUGAAGACACAGGUACUUUGAUGUAUUUCCUUCAUCACCUUAACUUACUUCCAGGAUAAUAUUACGUUAAUAUUAAUACUAAAAAUGUGGAAGCAAGAGACUAAUUAUUUCAUUAAACUCAGAUAUAGGAAAUAGCUGCCAUUGUGCUGAUUCCGUGGCUUCUGAUUUUACCCCUAACAACACGCCUUUGAAUUCUCCACAGAAUGUUAUUUGCAGCAACAGUAAUAGCAGCAGCAUUUCAUAGCAAAAGUGAAUUGUGUGUUGCCUCUGAAACAAAGGACUUCUAAAACAUGCUUGGUUCCCAAACUUGACAGUUGCUCUGACAAUGUUCCCAUGAUGGACCUCAACCAACCCAGAGACAAAUUGAAGCAAAUAGUUGGUGUGUAAAAGAGUGUGUGUGUGUGUGUACACGUGCACAGGUACAUAGUUGGGAGAGGAAGUUGGAAGCGUCUCUGCCAGAAUUAUUUAGUGGGCAGAGACCAUGUUUGUAAUCAUCUGUUGCACAAUUCAAAAUUUGGACCUGUUUUUAAAAUUAGCUUCAGGAAUUGAGGUAAGCUGUUUUCUUUUGCAUAGAACAGUGACUGAUUCUUCAGAGUUGAAUACUAUUGAAUAACCCUUCACUGCAACUAUACUGCACAGCUGUCUGAAAAGCUAUUAAAAGAUCCAAGUACAUCAUGGGUUAAUUCAGCUGAAACUCAGUUAAGUAGCAACUUUGGCGGAGGAUUUUGGGAAAGUAAUUUCCCAACAUCUUGGCUACCUUAUGUUCUUCAUACAUUAUGAGACCUGCUUUCUUGUUAAUUACAUCAAUAUAUUAAGGCAAACAAGCAGGAGUGUGUGUUUUCAGCUAAUGAAUUUCUAGCCUAUUUUAGAAAUUACUCAGUAACUUUCAAUGUAUAUCAUUGAUGUUCAAGCUAGUUAUUUUGAUUUUACACUGCCUUUUCCAAUGUAGCUUCUAUUAUUCAAUAUACAAUCAAAUUGUGUACUAUAUUUUUAAGUAUUGCUGGCUCUUAAAUGUGCAACUAAAGAAAACUGUAUUUUAGUAAUGUAUUAAUCAAAUUGUUUGUUUUGUUUGGCAUUUGUAUAUAUAAUGCUUUUGGCCAAGGAAAGUUCUUGGAAAUGAACAGGUUAGAGAAUGCUGAACAGGUGCUAAAACCAUUUCAUUGUUUUACCUAAAUAUUUAUGUAGAAAGAGCAAUUAUGAGUUAGUCAAGCUCAGAAAACCCCUGUUUGCAUUGUGGCUGAAUUAUCUGCAUAUUAGUCAGAAAUAGGAAGGAUUAAUGGGAUGAUUAACACCCCAAGUACUUUGCAUUUCAGAGAUAUACUAUAUAAAUGGAUAGUUCACAAUAACAUAAUGUUAUUCUAAUAAAUGCUUAGAGUACUUUACAUAACAUUUUUUCUAACAUCAACCCAGUCUUCAUUUUAAAACCUUCUUUGUUAUGACAAAAUUUUAUAACCAGUUUUUAUACAGUUGUAGCCGUUAGUAAAUUUCAUAUCAACUUUAAAUCGCUGUUAAAAGAUGCAAAAUUUAUCUUGAAAUAUUAAGCUUUGUUAUAUAUUUAAACCAAUCUCCUCCUAUGAGCAUUGCCCAGAAACCAAUUAUAGGUGGCUGAAAUUUAAAACAUUCAGUGAAAUGUUGUAUUAAUAUCUUCUAUAUUUUCUACUCUAGCAACAGUUAAAAUUACCUGCCUCAGUUUUCUAAAUGCAUACAUCCCCAAUACAUUUCUACCUUUUCUAUUGCUAAAUAAAAAGUUAAGAACUUGAAGCAUGUUUGUGACCUUCAAUCUAGGAUCAUGAUUCAACUAAAGAUUUAAGCUCUACUGACUGAAGUAGAGAUUAACAUGCGCUCUAAGUAAGAUUUGUACCAUUUAAAAGUGACUGGGAUGCAUCUUUUGCAAGGGAAAUAGCUAGAUCUACAUGAAGUGAUUUGGUUUACAUAAGUAAUCUUAUGCCACAAAGGAAACAUUUCACCUUGUUAAGGUGUGGAAGUAAUGCACGUGGUUUCUUAU